AUGAGGAGAUUGACAAAGUGGGAAGUGUUUAGAAUUGUGUUGAUGAAAUGGUGUGGAGGAGGAGGAAGCAGAAGCUGGUUUUCGAACGAAGCCAUAUCAAGGCGGUUCAAAGCAAAAACUAGACAGUCUUGUGGAGCUCUAUCAACGCCUUCAGUCUGUAGCCUUGCAAAAGAUAUUGGCAUAGACAUCAAUGUCGUUACUAGAAGUGGUAAAGAUGGGAUAGUUUUGAAAGAGGAUAUUCGUAGAUUUGAUGGCCAGAAAGGAAACGUAACAUAUCCUGCUUCUUCUGAGAGUCAUGUUACAGGAUUAGACUUUGUUUCCACCACAGCAAGUAACUUUGGAGGUCAAAUAGUUCCUCUUAGGGGAUUCAGUCGAGCUAUGGUCAAGACAAUGACUAUGGCUACAAAAGUACCACAUUUUCAUUUCGUUGAAGAGAUAAAUUGUCACGCACUUGUGGAGCUCAAACACUUCUUUAUAGAAUACAAUACAGAUUCCACUGUGGAACACACGUUCCUUCCUACUUUAAUCAAGUCACCCUCAAUGGCUCUAACCAAAUAUCCUUACAUGUUUAAAUAA